AUGCGCGUCUCGUGUAGAGGCCACGGCACUGAUUGCGCCCAGCCGUGCAGAGCGCGGCCCCUGCCCCCCCUGCCCCCCACCCUGCACCACCAUGAGGCCGGUGUAGCAAACAUGCGGCGCGGCGUGCGCGCGGCGACACCCGCCUUGCUCUCUCCACUGCUGCAGCUGUCGCUCGCAGCAGCCGCGGUGGUGGUCGCGGUGGUCGCGGUGUCCGCGGUUGGGGCCUCGGAGCGAUGUCCUCGCGCUGCCGCGGAGGGUGGCUCCUCGCCGGCGGCGAAUCUAUCCGAGCGGCGGGCAGCGCGCGGGACGCCGCGGAGACGACGGUGUGACAGCCAGCAGAGCUGGUGGAACCCCUACUGGAUGCUUCCUGAAGACAUGAGUGGGGCUGAUUGUUUCUGGGAAUCGGCAAAAAGGUGUACGCGCGGAGGGAGCGUGGCCGAGGCGCUGCAGCUGGCGGUGGUGGCGUGCGGCGCUCGCCUCGAGGAGACCAUGGUCAUGCUCAAGUCCGCAGCGCUCUUCAGCCGUGCACGCCUGCACGCCCACAUCUUCGCAGAGGAUGAACUGCACGCCAGCUUUCGGGAGCAGCUGCUGGCGUGGCCGUUGCGGUAUCGGAGGAAGCUGUCAUUCUCGCUGUACCCAAUCACCUUCCCCGCCGACAACGCGGACGCCUGGAGGAAACUCUUUAAGCCCUGCGCCUCUCAACGCCUCUUCCUGCCUCUGCUGCUGCCCCACGUGGGCUGGCUGCUCUACGUGGACACGGACGUGCUCUUCCUGGCGCCUGUCGACGAGCUGUGGGCGCUGCGGCGCCGCUUCGGGGCCUGGCGCCUCGCGGGCCUCGCGCCCGAGCACGAGCUGCUGCAGAUCGGCUGGUACAACCGCUUCGGCCGCCACCCCUACCUGGGCCGCACGGGGGUCAACUCCGGGGUUAUGCUCAUGGAUCUGGCAGGCCUGCGCACCGCGCAGUUUAAGAAUGACAUGAGCGCCGUGCGGCUGGCCUGGGGCGAGAUGCUGCUGCCGCUCUACAACAAGUACCGGCUGAACAUCACGUGGGGUGACCAGGACCUGCUCAACAUCAUCUUCCACUACAACCCCGAGAUGGUGCACGUCUUCGAUUGCCGCUGGAACUUCCGUCCCGACCACUGCAUGUACGGCAGCAACUGCGGUGGCGCCGAGCGCGACGGCGUGGCCGUGCUGCACGGCAACCGCGGCGUGUACCACGACGGCAAGCAGCCGGCCUUCCGCGCCAUCUACCAGGCGCUGCUGCACGUGCGUACCUUCUUGGCCAUCACACCAGUUCACCCGCGCCACGUGCACGCUGGCAACAGGGCGCAGGGAUACAUUCUUUGAG